ACAAACUAGACAACUGCGAUUAUUCCAGCGACAUCAACGAUGCAGCUGUUGCGAAAAUUAACAUAUCGUAGUUCAGCGCUUUUGAUUUAAAGAAUGUCUCACAUACAUUCAUUUUCAUUCUUGCUCUUGACGAACGAAGUAUGGAAUAAAAUAAGAGAAGAAGAUGAUCGAAAUAAAUUAAAACAUAGAUAAAUUGCGUAAAUGGUGAUUGAAUGGACUCUUCACUAUAAGGUCAGUAAUCAGAUUGCCUCUCAUUCGCUUUCAGGGUUUUGUUGAGAUCACAUCAGCUGUCAAGGAAUUCUUUCUUACUCUUACGAGAGUCCAGCUCGGUUACAGACUACCUGCGUUGAAUACGCGGCGGUCAAAAAAUCAAGGAAGAUGCCGACAGAUGAAAAGUCCUCGCGCUCCGCGGUUGAGGAGGAGUUUACGGACAUCGUAGGAGGCCAUGGCAAAUGGCAAAUGAAAAUGUAUUUCUUCUGUUUCUUGUGUUCCUGGCCACAUUGCUUUCACAACCUCAUCAUGACUUUCUUUGCCCCAAACGUCGACCACUGGUGUGCGAGACCACCAGAUAUGUUGGCGGCAAAUAUAUCAGCCAAUGAGUGGAGAAAUCAAUCCAUUCCUUUAGUCGUGAAUCGAGCUGGACUCAUUCAGAAAAGUCAGUGCACUCUGUACAAAAGUAUCUUGGUAAAUGGUUCACUUUUCGUACCUUCAACAUCUGAAAGUGCAGCAGAAUCGUGCAAAUCUUGGGAAUAUGACGAUUCUUUUUACAAAUCAACUAUGGUGGAUGAUUGGGAUUUAGUGUGCGACCGGGAGUGGUUGAUUUCUGUUUCAAAAACUGUUUACAUGGUUGCAUUUUUAAUUGCAGCAACAUUAUGUGGUCAGCUAUCAGACAAGUUUGGACGAAGGCCUGUUAUGAUUGUAUGUGUCUGCCUGUUUUUAAUCGCCGGUCUUCUGACUCUAUUGUCCAGAAACUUCAUGAUGUUUGUCGUCUUGCGCUUUUUUCUCGCCAUGGGAAUUACGUCCACAUAUACCAUAUCAUAUGUAUUACUAUCUGAGGUGGUGAGCGUUGAGUACAGAUCAAUCUACCUGUUCACGUUCAAGUUUGGCUGGACCUAUGCUUAUAUGUUGAUGCCUCUGAUAGCCUGGCUCAUCCCAAGCUGGUUCUGGCUCCAAUGUGCCCUUACACUACCCUGGCUCUGUCUCUUGUCAGUCUUCUGGAUGAUUCCAGAAACACCUCGAUGGCUAUUGACGCACGGCAAGUACACGCAACUCGAGAAGACACUACUGAUUGCUGCAGAGAAAAACGGGAAAGACAUGAAACAAGCGAAGGCAUCUAUUCACAAUUACGUCAGUCGUCAACAAAAGAUAUCGAAAACAGAAGAAAAGAAACGAGAUGAAACAGUUUUCGAUCUAUUAAAAACACCAGCUUUAAGAAGGAGUACUUUAAAUAUUUAUUUUUGUUGGUUUGUUAUUUCUUACAUAUAUUAUGCUCUCUCAUGGAAUACAAAUGACUUAGGAGGAGAUCCCUAUUGGACUUUCUUCAUUUGCGGAGCCGUAGAGUUGCCAGCUGGCGUCAUAUUCUUGUUCCUCUGCAGACACAUUGGUCACAGAAUGGGUCUUCUUAUCGCCAAUGUUGGUGCAGGUAUAUGCCUCAUCAUAACGAUCUUCAUUCCAGCCGACAUGGUUUGGUGGGUCAUAGCCUUUUCCAUGGGUGGAAAAUUCUUCAGCUCAGGCUCCUUCGAUAUUGUUUACAUCUACACUGCUGAGAUUUUCCCAACUGUGGUCAGAAAUGUCGCUGUUGGAUCUAGUUCAACAUUUGCGAGAAUUGGAGCUCUUCUUGCCCCUUUUAUUAGGCAACUGGCUGACGUCACACAUCCAGUCGUCCCCAUGGCUCUUCCAGGUGGUUUAUCUGUGAUUAGUGGAUUACUUUUGUUACUUCUUCCCAAAACUAUAGGACAAGUAUUACCGGAUACUUUGGAAGAAGGAGAGUUGUUUGCCAGGAAGGAAAAAGUUCAAAAGAAAUCUUCAGCAACUUCCGAGUUCGUCAACACCGCUGACGUCGAAAUGCGGUAGCCAUACUCCCUCUUCACUCUUCUCUGUGAUAAAAUUAUAUUUUCAACUACUGCAGUAGUUCGUGUGCUUUCUGUCCCCUUGCACAAUGUGUCACACAUUGUGGUUUAUGUGCACAUUUAACUCUUAUGAAAAGAGGACAGGGCAGUGCCAUCCAAAUUGGAAUAACAUAUUCUCCAUGAUUUUAUGCGAAACCAAAUGUUUCCCAUGCAUUAGACAUUAGAUACUAUUAUGAGAAUGGAAAAAUGUAUUUUAAAAUAGCUAAAGGAGUCAUCUAAUUAUACAGAAAAAACAAUUAAAGAAAUUCGCCGAAUAUUAAGAUAAACAUUAUAACUUCAAUAAUCAUUACAAAUUACAAAAAAAAGCCGUCGCUAGAUUUUUCAGGCUCCUUGUCGUGCCCUAGUGCCAGAUUUAUCACAAAGUCUGAGAUGUCCGGAUGUAGGGCCCCCAUAUUUCUGGGGCAUCUUAACGUUUAAUGUUAAAAAUAUAUUUUGUGUGUUUCUUCUUAAUUAUCUUUUAAAAUUGUCUAAUCAAAGUUGAAAUCAAAUUAAUCUGAAAUGUUUAUAUAAUAAAAAUUUUUAAAUCAUUUUAUAAAUAAACAAAAUGCAAAUUUGGUUUAAAAUUACAAAUAAUCUAGCCCUCGACAAUUCUGUACCUACCGUACCAGAUUUCUUAAUCGGUCUCGUAGGUACACGUUAGAUUCUCGCUUAAUUUAUUAAUUUUUCAAAAUGCAUUCCUAAGAACGGACGGCUUAAACAUUUUUUUCUUAUUAUCAAUAAUAUUUUUUAUUUUAUUUUCAAGGUUUGUAUUAUCGUUUAAUUUUUAUAUAUCAUAUUAUUUGUGGGGCCUUUAGAAGUGAGUAAUUUUGCAUCUAAUGCUUUAGCUUAAGACAAAAUCGAUUAAUAAUCUUAGUUUCGCAAGAUGUUUCUUUCUAUAAUUGUAAUUUUUGCAAAAAAAAAAAGAAAAAAAAACUGUGGAUGCUACUCCUGGGGAUCAAGCCAAAAUUAUUCUAUGGAUUUAUUCUCCAGAAAGUGUGACAUUUGAGUCCUUUAACUCUAUUCAAAUUAUUCUCCUUGCAGUGAUUUUUCUUUAAAACGAAAUUUUUAAAACCCUUCAACUAAAAUCUUUAAAAGCAUUAAAUUAUAUCAUAUUUAUGUGACAAAUUGAGCUGUUUUAUUGGUGUCAUAAAUUAAUGCUACAAAAAAAAAUUGACGUUUAAGUCCUUUGCCUUUAUUCAAAUUAUUCUCCUUUCUUUCUAUCCUCAAAUUACUCCAUAGAUUUUCUUUAAAUGACAUUUUUAGUCGAUUUUUGCCGAAACGUGCAAGUUUAAAAACGUUAUACAUAACAGAGGGCCGUGUAAAUGUUGCGUCACACUUCUAAGGAAGUUAGAGCACAUCAUCAGGAUUAAAAUUGAAUAGGAACUCAUACUUAGAAAUGUCGCCUAUGUUAGGGGAUGCUUCCCUACUAUGACCUGUUCAGAAGUACACAGAGAAACAGUUCAUAAUAGGGAAGCACUCCUAGCGGCUUAUAACAAUUCCAGGCAUGGGUUUCUAUGCAAUUUUAAUCCUGAUGAUGAGCUCUAACUCUUCUAGCUUGACGCAACAUUUAUGUGAACCCCAGCUACAUAAAAUUUUUUUAAACUUGUACAUUUCGACGAAAAGUAGACUAAAAAUUUCAUUAAAAAAUGGAGCUUGGAGAGUGCAACCGAUUGCAGAUUUGAAAUCAGUAAUACAGAAGAUCUGUUGAAAACAGAUUAAGAAAAAAAAAAUUGGUGUCAUUUUUGGUGUCGCCGAAAUGUCACAGUCAUUAUGAAUUAUAAGAGUAUUUCAACAAUCACUACAAUCUUUGUGCGUUUUCUAACAUUUUUACUAGGAUUACUAAACAAUGCUAGAUGAUUGCAAUAGCAAGAAGCUGUUAAGCCUACUUUAUUCAAAUUUAAUAGCAUUGUCUCACGAAUAUGUAAUGCAUUUUUUUUUUGCUGCUAUUGGCACCUGCAAUUUUACUAUGUCGUUUGAAGGUUAAAGCUGAUAAAUAUCCAUAUAAAAUUUUUUGAAUUGAUUGCUUAAGAGAAGCUUUAUAAGUUUGCUCACCUGUUUCAUUACAUAAAAUCGAUUUUUUCCCCAUAAUUCCUAUGAGCUGCGUUUGAUGAUUCAAAAGGAGCUUCUAUUAAACUCUAAUCGAAAACUUCUUUUUAGAAAAGCAAAAAAAUUUAUACUCAUUAAAUCAAAUAUUCAGAUAUUAUAAUAUUUCGCACUUUUACAUUUCUCCAUAUACUCGCUUAAUAGUAGACCUGAAAAUAACUAAUGGUCACGUGGUGAGUCAACGAAAGAAAGCUGCUACUUAAAUUUAAUAAAUAACCGGUCCCUAUUCCUCCAUUGCUGUUUUUUUAAAAAAAAUUGUUUAAUAAUUAAAGUUCAUCAUUAUCAGAAUUUUCAUUGAAAUUACUCCUUUCAAAAUUUUGAUCCUUCAAAAACCAUCAAUUUUGAGAUGGAAAGAGAAUUCUUUAACUAUUCACAUAUUUCAAAGCUGUAAUAUAUAUACUUAAAAUGUAUUUUGUAAAGUAUUUAAAAAAAAAGUUCUUUAAAGUCAGUUUGUUUUACUAAAUUUUGUCACAUACAGUAGGGAACCGAUUAUCCGGAA